AUGUCUGAAGAUAUCAAGAACUUCGAAAACAAACUAGUUACUGAGUCGAACGGUGAUUCUGAUGCUGACAUAGAUGAGCUACUGGAGGAAUUGGAAUUGGAAGAUGAACUAAACAAUAAUAAAAAUGAUGAAGAUGCUGCUUUCCUGAAUCGCUAUAGAGAGCAAAGGAUGCAAGAUAUUUCAGACCACUUAAAAAAGGUAGAGAAAAAUGUGUUACACGAAGGUUAUGGUAAAUUAGAAGUCAUUACUGAUGAGAAAAAAAUAAUUGAUCUAACGACAAGCAACAAAAGAGCGGUAAUCAGUUUCAUGAUACCGUCAUUCCGAAAAUGUCAAUAUAUGAAUGAAAAAUUGGAUAAAUUAUCAAAGAGACAUUUAACUACUAAAUUUGUUACCAUAACUGUCGAGAACUGUCCAUUUUUGGUCCAUAAAUUGCAAAUCAAAGUUCUGCCAUUUGUUGUAGGAUAUAAAGACGGCAUUGAAAAAUUGAGAAUUGUAGGGUUCAGUGCAUUAGGGAAUGAUCCAAAUGGAUUCGAAAUUGAUUCUUUAGAGAAAUUAUUAUAUUCAAAAAAUAUUAUUGAAACAAUGAAAGGAAUCUCAAAUAAUAUAAAUAUAAAACAAAUAAAAAAGACAAUAAGAGAUAGACACAGUGAUGAAGAUAGUGAUAGUGGUCUUGACAUAUAG